CACUUGCUCCCUACUAAAUUAUAUAUCUCCUCCUCUCCGUUCCCCUCACUCUGCACGGCGCUCUAAGAAUGCGUCCAUAGAUCUCCCCCUCGUCUCCCAUUCUCUCCCUUUUCCCCUUUAUCUCUUCUACUUCCCCAAUUACCCAUUCUCGAAGCAUCUUUCUUUUUUGGAGGCAAGAAGCGAAGGAAAGGGUGGGGGAGGGCUGAGAAUGGGAAACACCAGUCUCUUGGCUUCUUUCGUCUGCUUCUGUCUUCUCCUCUCUUCCCUCGUCCAAGGCGAAGACCCCUACCGCUUCUUGACCUGGAACGUCACCUACGGCGAUAUCUGGCCUCUCGGCGUCAAACAACAGGGGAUUUUGAUCAAUGGCCAGUUCCCGGGGCCUCAAAUCGAGGCGGUCACCAACGACAAUCUCAUCAUCAACGUCUUCAAUAGCUUACCUGAGCCGUUCCUCCUCUCCUGGAAUGGGGUGCUGCAGAGGAGGAAUUCUUGGCAAGAUGGGGUCUAUGGCACCAACUGUCCCAUCCCACCUGGACAGAACUUCACCUAUGUGCUGCAAGUGAAGGACCAGAUUGGAAGCUACUUCUACUUCCCGUCUCUCGCAUUCCACAAGGCUGCUGGUGGAUUUGGUGGCUUCAGGAUCCUGAGUCGUCCAAUGAUUCCUGUGCCCUUCCCUCCUCCUGCUGCAGAUUAUACUUUGUUGCUUGGGGACUGGUACAAGGCCAACCACACUGACCUGAAGUACAUAUUAGACAGUGGUAAGGAUCUUGCUUUUCCUGAUGGGGUUCUAAUCAAUGGCCGCGGAUGGAAUGGGAACACUUUUACUGUUGAGCAAGGUAAAACAUACCGGUUUCGGAUAUCUAAUGUGGGGUUGGCGACAUCUCUAAACAUAAGAUUUCAAGGGCACAUGAUGCAGCUGGUUGAGGUCGAAGGGUCUCACACCCUUCAAAACACCUAUUCUUCAUUGGAUGUGCAUCUGGGCCAGUCAUACUCAGUCUUAGUCACAGCUGAUCAGCCACCGAGUGACUAUUACAUUGUGGUUUCGACCCGAUUUACCAGCACAGUGCUCACCACCACUUCCGUCCUCCAUUAUAGUAAUUCAUUCAGAAAACCUGUGGAUCCACCUCCUGGAGGGCCUACCACUGAGAUUGAUUUGUCUGUCAACCAGGCCAGAUCCAUCCGAUGGAAUCUCACAGCUAGUGGGCCAAGACCUAACCCUCAAGGUUCCUAUCACUAUGGGCUUGUCAACACCACCCGAACCAUCAGGCUUGCAAACUCUGCACCAAUCAUCAAUGGCAAGCAGAGAUAUGCAGUCAACAGUGUCUCCUUCAUUCCAGCUGAUACUCCCUUGAAACUUGCUGACUUCUACAAGAUUCCUGGGGUGUUCUCACUUGGAAGCAUUCCUGAUAACCCGACAUUUGGAGGUGGUUAUCUCCAGACCUCUGUCAUGGCAGCUGAUUUCCGUGGUUAUGUUGAGAUUGUCUUUGAGAACUAUGAAGAUACCCUUCAAUCAUGGCACAUUGAUGGAUAUUCCUUCUGGGUUGUUGGAAUGGAUGGAGGUCAAUGGACAGCAGCUAGCCGGGAGUCUUACAAUUUGAGAGACGCUGUUAAUCGUUGCACUGUUCAGGUGUACCCCAAAGGAUGGACUGCUGUCUAUAUGGCUCUGGACAAUGUAGGCAUGUGGAAUGUAAGGUCUGAAAACUGGGCUCGACAAUACUUGGGGCAGCAAUUCUAUAUCCGGGUGUACUCUCCAGCAAAUUCAUGGAGGGAUGAGUACCCAAUCCCCAGGAAUGCGCUUCUUUGUGGCCAGGCUGCUGGCCGUCGAACAAGACCACUCUGAUCCAGAGCAUGCCCAGAUCUUGUCACGAAGGGGCCACGGAAUCUUAACUUGAGAUCAGAUGGCCAGUUAGGGAGAUAUUUAUAUUUUAUUCAAAUCAAUAUUCAAAUUUAAACUUGUUCUUUACUCUCUUUGUUCUUUAGCUGUUGUAACCAUUGUUCGUAGCAUAAUGAGGAUGUUCUGUACUUGUUUUUUUGCUUCCAUCUGUUAUUUUCUUGCAAUGUAUCAAUUAUUAUUACUAUUAGCAAGAUCUAUUAGGCUUGGCUA